AGAGCACUUGGGAGAUGGAACUAAAUCGUGUUGUUGCGGAGCAAGGUUUUCUCCGUCAGCAAGAGGCCCUUCUUCAUGAUCACAAGCUCGAUGUUCAAGCAACGCGCGAAGUUGUCAAUAUUAUCGAUGCCUGUGUUGCUGCUUUUGCCAAACAAGCGUCACCGAAGCGUCCGGCAUUCAUCCACACCUCACCUACAAAUAGCUUGAAGACUCGGGAUGCACUCCUUACUGAGGUUCGUGCAAAACAGCCUGAUCACGAAAGUCGCAUUGAUGCGAUUGCACGCGCUGAGGCUGUCAGGCAGAAGGAGCUGGAGGCGAGGAUCGGAGAGUUCGAAAAGGAGUUGGGUGAUUUUGUUACGGAAGGCAAACUGAAGAAGACUGGUGGGGCUGAUGAAGUUGAGAGGAUGAGGGCCGCUAGGGAUGAAUUGGUGAGAAAGGCAGCUUUUACCAAGCAGGCCGCUGUGGACACCUCUGAGAAAGAAUUCCAAAAGGAAGAAGAGCACGUCGAAGCGAUUCGAGAGACACCUGAGAACGCCGAGAAUCCUAGGAAUGAAGACGAUGAUGAAGGCUCUGCGUCAAACGCCCCCUCAGCAGAAGCCGCUGUGACUGAGGAAACUCUUGUUAUAGAGGAAUCCUUGGAAGAUGCACCCGGCGCUUUUCCCACAGAAGAGGCUUCUGCCACAGCUGCACUGAGUUCUGCCAAAGAAUCCAUUGAAGUUCCGGGGCCCUUAAAUCGAACUAUCACCGAAGAUGGAGCAGGUGAUGUUUUCAUGACUCCGUCUACGGAAUUGACUCCUGCUAUUUCCGCAGAUGCGACUUCGCAUCCAUCGAUCUCAAACGUCAAUGAGGUUGAAGGUCACGAAGCGCAAAAUGGAAUGACUGAUGUUGAAGGUACGCAGUCAAUCACAGAAAUUGAGAACUCUGUUGAGAAAAGCGUGGAAGAAGAGGGUAUGGAGAUUCCUACCGUGCAAGUUGAGCAAGGUCAGGAAGACGAUGAUGAUGAGGAGUUGCGCUAAAUGGAAUAUCUACUAAUCGUACCUAUCUAUUUUCUUCCCAUUCAGACAUUUAAUCCCGGACCCGGGUAUCAUUCCCUAAACCUCCGCUUACUCGAACACCACCUUCCCAUCUACUUUAUCAUACCAGGCGACUGCGUCCACAUUGCGCUUGCCUUCCACUUUGACGCUUGUUAAAGUCGCAAUGGAGUCAUCAGCACAUACUACCGCAGCAAAC